AUGGCUAGCAAUGCAACGGCUAACAGGUUGAAUUCCCAUUGGAAGCAGGCGCCUCUCUUAAGCCCCGGUGGGAUUAUUGGGAUAGGAGUAGCGCUAGCCGUUGUUCUCAUGGUUACCUUGAUUCUGUCCUUUAUUUGGUGGAAGAUGAUGAACCAGCCAGAACCGGAAGAGCACAAUGCGGAGCUUCCUCAUGAUCAUCAGCCUCCUCUGCCGGAACUACCGCAAAGAGAUUUCCAUGCCGGUGAAGCUGCCACGGACUGCCCUGUCUGCCUUGAGGAGUUUGUGGAGGGUGAGAGCCUCGUUGAGCUUCCUACAUGUCUCCAUGCAUUCCAUCUUGCAUGUAUUCAGACGUGGUUGACUCGGAACCAUGCUUCUUGUCCUGUUUGUAGACUCCACAUAGGGCUACAAGUUGACAGUGUUGUCUAA